GGCAGGGCAGGGCAGGGUGCGUGGGGUCUCGAUCCUGGCGGCGGGAAGGCUGAACUGGGUCCUGGGACCGCGGAGGGGAGCGUGGGCUGAGGUCGAGAUUGGGCCGCCCGGGGGUCCUGUUCUCCCCCUUCCCAACGUCGCUUCCCCAGCUCUCUGCUGACGUUGCGGCUUCCUCCGCCCCAGGCCGAGCCCUGCCGCGGCCCGCCCUCCGCCGACGGUCCCCGCCCCGUCCGCAAGGCCGCCGGAGGCUGCUGCGGAGUAACCCGGGCGCGGCGCCCUGGGCUUGGAUGGCUCGGCGUGCGCUCUGAGGGCCGGACUCCAGGGGUCCGGAGUCUGGGCGCCCCGCGGGGACGCGGUGAGAAGACGCCCCGGAGGACCGAGCGGGAUGGUGGUGGUCGUGAGCGCCUUUGCUGGCUCUGCCUGUGCGACCUCGGGACCGCAGAAGCCCGGGAAGCCGGUACUGAGCCACCCCCAGCCGCAGGAUUCCAGCGCCCCUGCACUUCAUCAAUACCCCGGGAUGGCUGGAUAACCUCAGCCAGAAGCCGCCUGGGCCAGCCCCGCGGGAUCGUUCGAAGAUGGUUUGGCUGCCUUGGAGCUUUGGAGAUCUGAUGUCACAAUGAGGACUCACACACGGGGUGCCCCCAGUGUGUUUUUCAUAUAUUUGCUUUGCUUUGUGUCAGCCUACAUUACCGACGAGAACCCGGAAGUUAUGAUUCCCUUCACCAAUGCCAACUACGACAGCCACCCGAUGUUGUACUUUUCCAGGAGAGAGGUGGCGGAGCUCCAGCUAAGGGCUGCCAGUUCCCAUGAGCACAUCGCCGCUCGGCUCACGGAGGCUGUGCACACCAUGCUGUCUAACCCCCUGGAAUACCUCCCUCCCUGGGAUCACAAGGAGUACAGUGCUCGCUGGAAUGAGAUCUACGGGAAUAACCUGGGUGCCUUGGCAAUGUUCUGCGUGCUGUAUCCUGAGAACAUUGAAGCCCGGGACAUGGCCAAAGACUACAUGGAAAGGAUGGCAGCGCAGCCUAGUUGGUUGGUAAAAGAUGCUCCUUGGGAUGAAGUCCCACUUGCCCACUCCCUGGUGGGUUUUGCCACUGCCUAUGACUUCUUAUACAACUACCUGAGCAAGACACAACAGGAGACAUUUCUCGAAGUGAUUGCCAAUGCCUCAAGCUACAUGUACGAAACUUCGUACAGAAGAGGAUGGGGGUUCCAGUACCUUCACAACCAUCAGCCCACCAACUGCAUGGCCUUACUCACUGGGAGCCUCAUUCUGAUGAACCAAGGGUACCUCCAAGAGGCCUACCUGUGGACCAAGCAAGUUCUGACCAUCAUGGAGAAGUCUCUGGUCUUGCUGCGAGAGGUGACGGAUGGCUCGCUCUAUGAAGGAGUGGCGUAUGGCAGCUACACCACGAGAUCGCUGUUCCAGUACAUGUUUCUUGUUCAGAGGCACUUUGACAUCAACCACUUUGGCCAUCCGUGGCUGAAGCAACACUUUGCCUUCAUGUACAGGACCAUCUUGCCAGGGUUUCAAAGAACCGUGGCCAUUGCAGACUCCAAUUACAACUGGUUUUAUGGUCCAGAAAGCCAAUUAGUGUUCCUGGAUAAAUUCGUCAUGCGUAAUGGCAGUGGAAACUGGCUAGCUGACCAGAUCAGAAAGAACCGUGUGGUAGAAGGUCCAGGCACACCAUCCAAAGGGCAGCGCUGGUGCACUCUACACACAGAAUUUCUUUGGUAUGAUGCCAACUUGAAGUCAGUUCCACCUCCGGAUUUUGGCACCCCAACACUGCAUUAUUUUGAAGACUGGGGUGUUGUGACUUACGGAAGUGCAUUACCUGCAGAAAUUAAUAGAUCAUUCCUCUCCUUCAAGUCGGGAAAACUUGGGGGACGUGCAAUAUAUGACAUUGUCCACCGGAACAAAUAUAAAGACUGGAUCAAAGGGUGGAGAAAUUUCAACGCAGGACAUGAGCAUCCUGACCAAAACUCGUUCACUUUCGCCCCCAAUGGCGUGCCUUUCAUUACCGAGGCCCUCUACGGGCCCAAGUACACCUUCUUCAACAACGUGCUCAUGUUUUCUCCAGCUGUGUCCAAGAGUUGCUUUUCUCCCUGGGAGGGUCAGGUCACAGAAGACUGUUCAUCCAAAUGGUCAAAGUACAAGCAUGACCUGGCAGCCAGCUGUCAGGGGAGAGUCGUCGCAGCGGCGGAGAAAGAUGGGGUGGUUUUUAUCCGGGGAGAAGGCAUAGGCGCUUACAACCCCCUGCUCCACCUGAAGAACAUUCAGCGGAAUCUGAUCCUCCUACACCCCCAGCUCCUCCUCCUGGUAGACCAGAUACACCUGGGAGAGGAGAGCCCCCUGGAGACAGCAGCGAGUUUCUUCCACAAUGUGGAUGUGCCUUUUGAGGAGACAGUAGUAGACGGGGUCCAUGGAGCUUUCAUCCGGCAGCGAGAUGGUCUCUAUAAAAUGUACUGGAUGGAUGAUACCGGUUAUAGCGAGAAGGCAACCUUUGCCUCGGUGACAUAUCCUCGGGGCUAUCCCUACAAUGGGACGAAUUAUGUGAAUGUCACCAUGCACCUGCGAAGUCCAAUCACCAGGGCCGCUUACCUCUUCAUAGGGCCCUCUGUGGAUGUCCAGAGCUUCAGCAUCCAUGGAGACCCUCAGCGGCUGGAUGUUUUUGUAACUACCAAUGAACACGCCUAUGCCACUUAACUGUGGACAGGUGAGAGCCCAGGGCAGUCUGCGUUUGCACAGGUCAUUGCAGAUCAUCAGAAAAUUCUGUUUGACCGGAGUUCAGACAUCAAGAGCCCCACUGUCCCCGAAGUGAAAGAUUACGCUGCUAUUGUGGAACACAACCUGCAGCAUUUGAAGCCAGUGUUCCGGCUGCUCGAGAAGCAGAUCCUGUCGCGAGUCCAGAACACAGCCAGCUUUAGGAAGACUGCUGAGCGGCUACUGAGGUUUUCUGAUAAGAGACAGACGGAAGAAGCCAUCGACAGGAUUUUUGCUAUAUCCCAGCGACAGCAGCAGCAGCAGCAGCAGCAGCAGCAGCAAGGCAAGUCAAAGAAAAGCCGAAGGGCGGGCAAGCGUUACAAGUUCGUGGAUGCCGUCCCUGAUAUUUUUGCACAGAUUGAAGUCAAUGAGAAGAAAGUUCGACAGAAAGCUCAGAUUUUGGCGCAGAAAGAACUGCCCAUUGAUGAAGAUGAAGAAAUGAAAGACCUUUUGGAUUUUGCCGAUGUCACAUAUGAAAAACAGAAAAAUGGGGGUUCCAUGAAAGGUGGCUUUGGACAGAUGCGGAUGGUGACGUCAAGCCGCAAUAGAGCCCCAUCACUGUCGGCCUCAUACACCAGACUCUUCUUGAUUCUGAACAUUGCCAUCUUCUUCGUCAUGUUGGCAAUGCAGCUGACUUAUUUCCAGAGGGCUCAGAGCCUCCACGGCCAAAGGUGUCUUUAUGCGGUCCUCCUAAUAGAUAGCUGUGUCUUGUUGUGGUUAUAUUCCUCCUGUUCUCAAAAUCAGUGCUAGCACCAAAGCCGGGAGCAUUUAGAUCACGAGAGUUCAUGCAAAAAAAAAAAAAAAAAAAGAAAAUAUUUUUCUGAAUUUGUUAUCAUUUCUCCCCCAGAUUUAUUGGCACAACUUUAAGGGAGGACGUUUUCACACAAAAAUGCAGGAAUGUGGAGAACAGCCUUGGCUGUCCCCAAGUAUUUCUGUGAAUGUUUGGCUUUGCUGAAUGACCAGUUAUUAUUAAAGACAAAAUGCCUGUUCCUUUUGUCAUAUUUCUCCUAAUAUAAACAAAAAUGAUUUAUACAGAAUUGGGUUUUAUUAUCAUUAAUUUAAUGCUGUUAGAAGCUUCCAGGUACUGUGUUAUGGAACAUACUGAGGCACAUAAUUCCAAGCAAUACAGGCUUUUAAAAUAUGAAUAAUGUUAUCCUAGGACCUGGAAGCUGUUCAAAUAACAUGAUAAAAUGUUGGUAUAAGAUUGUAAAGGAACUGAAAGUCUUUUUCAUGAAAACAUGUGCAAAUGAACAUUUCUUUGGUGAUGUUGGUCAAUUCACAGAUGUGAUUUGUGACUUUAUAACUUCGUUGGCUUUUUGAUAAAUAACAUAAUGACAGGUAAUUUUAUAUUAUCUUCCCCUUCUAUGCAAAAUGUUUAUAGACCCAAUCAAUAGAUAAAGUUUUCAAAAUAAACUAUUUUAUAUCUUGAAUCUCAAUACCAAAGAACAUGGGCCUAAAGUUUUGGUGUGAUUCUUUUGUUUUUAUUAGAAAGCUUUCUGCGAGUUUAUUUUGCUAAAUAAAUCAGUUAUAACUAUGA